AUGCCGCCAAAGAAGAAGCAAAAGCUUGAAAGGCUCAAAAAACUCGACAAACCCACCUUACAUACCUGCAACAAGACGUCCUUUGCAAAGGCUUUCUUGCCUAAUGAGACCUACCGGCAGCGUCUUCUAGAUUACAUCGCCAUCAUCCAUCAACUCGCUGACCAUGCUUCCCACGCUCUCAAAUUCUACAUCCUCUCUACAUCCACAUCGUCUUUCCCGGUUGUUCACGAAGAUACAAUCGAAGCCAUUCUCUAUCUUCUCAACAAGGGGGAGGCUUGGCAUCCAAGAAAGGAAGCAAAGAAGGCAUGGCGGGAUUGUUUGUUGCCAUAUGUUCAACGGUACUGCCAAAUCGUCGGCUUCAUUCAUCCAAAUCUACGAGGCGAGCAGCAGUCAAUUAAUUACCUGACAGUGAGUAUGAUGACGAACCUGAAAGUCAACGUUCAAGAGCAUUUCAUGCAGAUGCUGCUCCGGUACAUUAAUCUGCGGUUCGACGUGAAGGGACAGAAGCAGCGACUGCCACCGAAAAGCGAUGCGCGAAAGGCUUUCUUUACUCGGCUACGCUACUUGAAGUCGGUUUUCCUUUUUGAUGUGGUGCCCGAGUUGGAGUUCCUGGAUGACUUGACACCAUUGGAGAGCGAGGUUCUUGAAGAGAUUUGGUCAUUGGAUCUCCCAUUCCUUCCUAACGAUCCCCUUGCCUACGCCAUUGUUGCUGAUCCGAUGUCAUUUUUUCCCGCGUACUGCAAACUCUCUGGGCUGUAUGAACAAUAUGGCUUCCAACGGUUCAGUGCGAUACCUCUGCGCCGCUCGCUCAUUCAAAGUCACGUGCGAAUCGACACCAUCAUCCUGUACCAGCAUAUCCUUUGCAUCACGCGGCGAGACGCAGAAACUGUCGAAAAGGAUGAUCUGUGGAUGCGCGUCUGCAAUCUAUGUACCAAGGCUUUUCGGUCUCGCUGUGGUAUGCAUUUUGAAGGCUCAAUCACCACGGAUGGAGCCUCGGUGUCUGUAUACCUAAAGCACCCAGAAGCAGACAAGUAUGGAAAGCGCGGAGCGAGAAAGUCAGCAAACACGGUGGCUGCAGAGGUUAAAGCGCUUUAUGUGGAGAACAACUUACCUGCUUGUCGAGCAGCAGAGAAUGUCGUCGUUAUCGACCCAAACAAGCGCGACAUUCUCUACUGCCAAGACAGCAAUGGUACGACAUUUCGCUACACCGCCAACCAGCGAGCCGUGGAGACUGGAAGCCGGCGGUUUGCAAAGAGACGAGAAGCAAUGAAGGAAGAAGCUGGAGUUGAUCUCAUAGAAUCACGAAUACCAUCCCACAAAACAAUGAACCUCAUGGACUUCACUCGCUACCUUCUCGUUCGCCGCGCUGAUUGGGAUCGUCGCAAGGAAUUCUAUUCGCAUCCUGCUCAUACUCGAUGGAAAUGGCACUCCUUCAUAAACCGUCAGAAGAGCGAAUCAGACCUCAUAAGUAACAUGCGCAACAAGUACGGUGAAAACUUUACUGUUGUGAUGGGUGAUUGGAGCGACGCUGGUCGAACUGCGAGAUUUCAGACCUCAUCAAAGACAAAAGGCUGGCGCACCCUCUUUAAGCGCAACCGCAUUGAUUGUUUCCUUCUCGACGAGUACAAGACCUCAUCUGUUUGCCCUCGCUGUUCCUCAUCUGAGUUUGUGGAGAAAAAAUUCAAAACACGACCUCAUUCAAGACCUUGGCGCCGUCGUGAAGGCAAGAUUGAAAAAGUCCACGGACUGCUGGGUUGUACCAACCCUAACUGUUUGCAGCAAGCCUGGACAUCGGGAAUGCGCUACUGGAAUCGAGAUAUGCUGUCAACCUGCAACAUGCUAUUGAUUGUGAGAUCAAUGUUGGAUGGACACGGUAGACCAGAAGUGUUCAGCAGGAGUGUUCCAGCCGUAGCGUAGAACGUAGAUUGGUUAGAUUAGGUUUUCCGAGCCGGUUGUCGCGCGGUUCAAUCCCUGGUGCGGGUGCUAGUGCCAAUACCCACCGGCUCCGCACUAUCUAUAGGUUAUGAAAUCAAAUUACAAAUAAAUACAUCAAUGAGACGAGUGCCCUGGUGCAAGAUCUACCAUCUGCACUACUCUUCUCAAUAAUCUUGCCAUUAAUUAUCUUAGCAGACCAACUAUUCCGUUUGCCUUCUUUG